UUCCGCAUUCGGCCGCUGCCGCGCCGUGUCGCUCCCAUAGCCAGUAUCGCUGAGAGCUCGCCGGAGGUGGACGCACGCUCCUCCGCAUCCCCGCUCGAUCAACUACACGAAACAAGUUUUUCCAAAUUUGAACUGUUCAAACAACCCGCUACCAACAUACGUCAUAAUGAACAACCGUGAAAUCGUUACAAGACUGCUUCGCAAACUGAUUUAAAGACAGUUUAUUGUGCAAUUUGUGGUUAAAUUUUUAUCUUUGACGAAGGUGUAACAAAAACGCGAGUGAAAUUGUUUAUUGUUUUGAAACAAAGACGUUGAAGUUUGUAGUUUGAAUUUCUGUUGUUUUUCCUGAGGACGCAAACGAAUAGCGUGUUGAAAAGAGACAGAAUGGGGUCCCAUCGGCUUGGAGCGACAGGUGUGGCGGGGUUAGCGGUGUUACUGGCAACUUUAACAGGAUGUUCAGCGCAGAGCCUGCAGAUAUUCCCCAAACAGGAGCAGCAGACAGUGGCGGUGGGCAAGUCGGUGGUGCUCACCUGCCAGGCCAACGCGCCGGACCCUGCGCUCGUUACGCAGCCGCAGUGGAAGGACCCUAAGGGUCAGGUCAUCAAUGCAGCUUCCCCAAGCACUCGACCAGAGAUCUACACGGAGUCCAGCCCCACAAAGCAGCUGCAAACGCUGUACAUAUCGUCGAUCACGCCCGCCAUGGCUGGCAAAUACACCUGCGUGUCUGCCUACACCAACGAGCCCUUGAGCGCUAGCGUCGUCUUGGACACGUUUGUUGCCAUUACAUGGAUCAACGCUAAUGAGAAUCAAUUCGCAACUAAAGGCAAAGACUUCAAAGUGAUGUGCGAGGUAGCUGCUGAGCCUGCACCGUCUGUUGAUUGGUUCAAAGAAGGAACUCCGAUCUCGACUGGCGACAGAUAUGUUAUUCAUGCCAAUGGUCUAAUGAUUAAAAACAUCGAAGAAAGUGACGAUGGAACAUACACUUGCAGAGCUGUUGUCAUCCAAACUGGUGAACUCGCAGAAAGGAAUAUAAAACUUGAGGUUUACACUGCACCAGAAAUGGAAGAGCGUGAGCCAAGAGUGGAAAUUAAAGAAGGAGGAUCAGCUGCCAUCACAUGCAAAGCUAGAGGCAAACCCCCGCCGAAAUACUCCUGGAUUAAAGCAUCGACACGAGAGAACUUGGCCAGUACAUCUCGAUUUAGUGUAAACGAAAUCACUGGACUUCUAACGUUCGAUAGAGUCGAAGCGGGAGAUUACGGUAAAUACAUAUGCAGCGCUGUCAACCAGGCUGGUCAAAACGAAACUGAAAUCGAAGUAGAAGUGCUUGUUCCACCGAAGAUAUUUGAGUUGCUAAACAUGACUGUCGCUGAAAAGGCCGAAGGGCGGUUGGAAUGCAAAGCUACAGGGCGACCUGCACCUAGGAUUAGGUUCCGCAAACAUUCUAAGACUGAACCUUUUGUAAAUGGACCCAACGAUGACGGGAGAAUAAACAUUGAAACCAGCUCUCAUCAAACCGGUGAUCAAAUGCAAACUAGUGCAGUCAUUACUAUUUCAAACGUAAAUAGAACAGAUGAUGGUUUAUACGAAUGUAUAGCAAACAAUGACGGUGGCGAGGCAAGGAAGAAUGGACAUCUGAUGGUAGAAUUCAAGCCUGUAUUUAACCCCAAUCAAAAUAUACCAUUGGUUUGGAGUUGGAAUUCCCAACCACGUAAUAUCAGUUGCAUAGCGGAGAGUUUCCCCAACGCAACUAUUAAAUGGAGAUUCCACGAGCUGGACUUGGUAGAAACACCCCAUGUGAGGAUCUAUGGAGCAGGGCCUUACAGCACCGUAAGAGUAACUCCGACGGCGCGAACUUUGUAUGGACAUUACAAAUGCAUCGCCACCAACCGACACGGCGAAGCCGUUCAUUCCACAGAACUCAGGGAAGCCUUUGUGCCUGGACCUGUCACUCAAGUGCGUCAAGAAAUAUUAACAGCUACAUCAGUAACAUUCAAUAUCGUGGGACCUGCUGAAGAAAUGAAUCCACCGAUUCAGGCUUUUACUGCUCAAUGGAAAGAGAACGGCAAUUAUGAUUGGAAUUUUGCGAAGAACCGAACUUGGUCUGUGAGCUCGCCAUACGUGGUGGAGGAUUUAAAACCGAUGUUCUCAUACGACUUUAGAUUCGCAGCAGUAAAUAUAGUCGGAGGCGGUAGCUGGGGAGCACCAAUCACUGUCGUCAUGCCGAGGAGGUCGCCACCUGAGCAACCAAAAUGGAGACAGCCACCCACUCCCAGUCCUGAAUCGCUGCAGCACGGAAAAUAUGCUGACAGAUAUGAACUACAAUGGAAGAUUCCAGCUCAUAACGGAGAACCAAUCGAUAUGUAUGAAGUCAGCUAUUGUCCAGUGCUGAAAGUGAGCGGUGAAUGGCGAGAAUCAUCUGAAUCUCUGUGCGUCACUCAAGAACUGAAGUCCUAUGAAGCUAUUAAUUACGAAGUCACCGGUUUGCAACCCGACACGCGCUACCGCAUGAGUGUUCGCGCCCACAAUAUCUUGGGCUACUCUAAGCCCGCGACUCUCUAUGUCCAGACCGCUCUCGGUGUACCCUUCUCCGGAUAUGCAUCUUCUCAAAUGUUAUCAAGCGGCGCCAUCAUCGGGCUGGCUUUAGCCGGAGUCUUCAUCUGCCUCCUCAUCGUGGAUCUCCUUCUCCUCUGCUUCAGGCGCCAGGGCGUCAUCGCCACUCUCUGCGGCAAACGUGGCAAGAAGCACAAGGACGACGAAGCCAAGUUGGGCAGUCUGUACGGUUGGCGUUUCCCGCUCCCUUAUUGCAGCACGAAGCCGCGCGCGCCUCCGUCCCCCGCGCCCUUGCCGCCGCCCGUCAAGCUCGUACCGACUCCGACAGAUGAAAAGGAGCCCCUUAAAGACACUGCUGAAGACGCGCUGAAGAGGAACUCAUCUGUAGAAUUCGAUGGCCGGCGAGUUUAUGCCACAAGCGGAGGCACAAUCAUUGGCAAAAACUCCGCUGUAUAAUCAAUUUGACUUGAUAAUUGGAUACGAGUAUUGUGCCAAGAACGACUUAUUUGGCUUAGAAACAGCUAUAAGAUUAAAAUAAGACUCAUUGACUUUGAGUUGGCAAAAGACAUCGUUUUAUAGUUACGCUUGUUGUUUUAUGCUGAAACUUAUGUCGUUCUUGGCUUUAUUGGAGACGUCUCAUGUAGUUUUAUAUAACGUUAAGGUCUAUUUAUAAUGUACGCGAAUUUUGGACUGUACACGUUUGUCUUAAUUUCAAAUCAUCAAAUUGGUUAGUCAGGGCAGUCAGGCUAAAUUGGUUACACAGUCAUAAGUUCGACAAAAUUAUUCUUUUAAAAUUGUAUAUCCAUGAAUGUUCGCAUGACGGAAAAUGCCCAAAAUUAAAAGCAGCAUAUUUAAAUAUGUGUCAAUGUUUUUGUGCUGUCGAAUUGAAAAAGUUUACUAGCUCUUAAGUUGACUGAGAUUAGUUCAGAUAAUAAGGAAUAUUUUAUUUUAGCUUUGUGUGACACUUAGUAACUCAGUUCUCUUAUUGCAUUGAAUAAGAAUAACAUACGUGAGUCGCAAAUUAAAAUGUAAAAAUAUAAAAAAGCGAACCAUCGGUUGACACUUUUCUCUCCUGGAUUGAAUAUAAAAAGAUGAUUGACUGAAUUGUGUGCAGUUCCUAAAUCUGUCGUAUUACCUGUGAGAAUAAAGCUUGUGUAGAUGUGAUGAGCGUGACCAGUAUUUUGAAACUGCCAAAACGAAUUUGUUAUUUUAUUAUUAAGUACAUACGUAAGCAGCUUUACUAUGUCCUUAGAUAUAAUUAUUUAUUACCUAUCACUGUAUUAUCUACAUCAUAUCGCUUAUAUUUCGCAUUUCAUACGCAUUUGUAUCCACCGAACGCGAAUUUCUCAAGAUUAGAAUAAAAAAUUCGAUCUUUUUACACGAUAUUAGCCGUUUAUUAAGGUACAAAACGUGCCUUCUAGAGUAUGUACUUUUUAAUGAGGGUAUUUUUUAUAUUUAAGUGUACAUACACAAUAGUUAGGAUUUGACUACACAAUUAGAAAUCUGAAUUUUUACCUUUCAAUUUUUUACAUCACGGAUAAAAAAAGUACCUAAUUAUGUAACCUAAUAUUUACUAUUAGAAUUAAUUAUUUAUCGGUUAUACAUGUAUGUCUCUCUAAUCUUAUAAUGUUUAUUAAUUUUUUUAUGCCUUUAGUGCUUUGCUAUGACCAAAAUGUACCGCUAGCAAAACAUUAAAGAAUGAUCAAAUAAUGCUGAGUACCCUUUAAGAAGUCUCAUGAAUCAGCAAAAAAUAUUUCUAACAAAAUAAUGUUUUAGCUUAACGAAAAUAUAGCCGCUAUUAUUAUUUUAGAUUAAGCUUGUAAAUAAACUAAUUCUAAGUUCUGUAAAUAUUUACUAGUUUAUAUCUCUAAUUGUUUUAUUUUUCUAGAUUUAGGUAUUUGGGGUCAUGAAAUAGUAAAUGCACCUACUAAAAGUUGAAUAUGCAGAUUAGAGCAAAUUAUUUGCAUUUAGUGACCCCAAUAUUAUGCAAAACUACUUGCUUAUACUACGAGUAAGCUUUUAUAAGUAAUGUGUUUAAUUUUAUAAACAUAAUGCAAUUCACAAAUAAAUGUUAGUAGAAGACAUGUGGUCGAAAACCGGGAACAAUAGUAAAAAAAACUAUUCAGCCAUAAUUGUUACUUAAGAAUGGAAAAAUAUUUUCGAAGGUAAACAUUUUGAUAUGCAAAAGAAAAUUUAAGUAUUCUGACAAGGUAUGGGAAAUACUUCAUCACCGAUUUUUUUAAAUGAAGUUAAUACGAGUACAUCUGCUUUAAAAACCUUAUUAUCUCCGUUCAAGUAAAUACCUAAUAGAUUCAAGGCAGAUUAAAAAUAUUAUUUUUAAUGAGAUUGUCGUUCAUAAACUUGCAAAUGAAUGGAAACCGAAUUGUCUACUUAAAUUAUAUUAAUUACCUAUAAUGUCGAAGCUUGAAUACGUUAUCGCAUGUAAUGUCUGUCUGUAUGGAUGUCUGUAUGUCGGCUUGACGGAUAUCGGUGAAGAAUACUGAAGCACAUUUUUAUAAAAAAUAAAUGUCUCAAAAUUAA